CUGAGUUAAUUUUAAGGAUCUUGCAUUUUGGUCAACAAAAACAAAAUCUAAUCCAAGAUCGUCGUCUUUUCAAAAGAUGCAUGAUGAUCACCAUCUUCCCUAAACAACAACCCCUAAUUUUUUUUUUUGCGCCUUAUAAUGGUAACUCCCAUGGUCUUUACAUGACAUCCAGUGAAUAUAAAAAGAAACCGUUUCUUUUAAUUUUAUCUCUUGUUGUUUUACUUUAUUCAUUUUUUACUUAAUCAUAAUACAUAUACACACCUUCCUAAUAUCAUCAUGGUUAAAUUUGGUUAUCUUGCCCUUGUGGCUUCCGCUUGUCUUGCCACUGCAUUCGCUGCCCCCGUCACGCAAAAAAAUGAUGUUUUACUCUCUCAACAAAAACAAGCUCUUACUUCCGAUAAAGAAAAUAUCCGUUUGAAGAAGCGUGAUGCAGCACUUGGUCCUGAGGUAGGUGACCUCCUUGACCUAGUCCUAGAAGGUCUUCAACCGGUUAUCGAAACGCUAAACAAGCGUGAUGGACUUGACUUAGGUGAUGUCGUCGACUUAGAUGGCAUCCUUGAUGGAGUAGUAAAGAAGCGUGAUGGACUUGACUUAGGUGAUGUCGUUGACUUAGAUGGCAUCCUUGAUGGAGUAGUAAAGAAGCGUGAUGGACUUGACUUAGGUGAUGUCGUUGACUUAGAUGGCAUCCUUGAUGGAGUAGUAAAGAAGCGUGAUGGACUUGACUUAGGUGAUGUCGUUGACUUAGAUGGCAUCCUUGAUGGAGUAGUAAAGAAGCGUGAUGGACUUGACUUAGGUGAUGUCGUCGACUUAGAUGGCAUCCUUGAUGGAGUAGUAAAGAAGCGUGAUGGACUUGACUUAGGUGAUGUCGUUGACUUAGAUGGCAUCCUUGAUGGAGUAGUAAAGAAGCGUGAUGGACUUGACUUAGGUGAUGGACUAGGUGACGGAUUAGAUGAUGGAUUAGGUGGCACCGUUGGCGACCUCGUUAGCAACGUAGGUGAUGUCGUUUCUGACCUCCUUGGUGACUCUUGAAUCCUAAAAUAAUUGGACUACUACUCUAUUCCCCCCCCCCACGAAAAUCAUUCUGAUGUAUCUGGCACCUUCUAACUCUUCUUUUUAUUGUUCUGAUUAUCAUUUUAUUAUUUAUUCAAAGUUCGCCUUAUUUACAUAGUUUAUCAAUACAUUAAUUAUAUCAAAUAAAAAAAUACCUUAUGCUCCAUUGGA